UUAUUACAUUUUAUUUUCAACACUAAAAAUAUAAAACUACAUAAUAGGCAGCUGAUUUUAGAAAUAUGACAUAUUUUUAGUAAAUGGCUGGUUAGGAUAUAUAUAAUACAUUUGAAGACGUGGGUCACGUUUUUUGAGAAGAUGGAGUCGGUGCAUGAAUCGUCAUUCGAUUGGUUCCGAAUUGGAUUGUUCGUAUUUCAGUUUUCGUUGAACUGUAUAUGUAUUGGUGUAGCUGCUGGCUGGAUCGCUGAUUCUUGGAUUCAUAAAUUUAAACUGCAUACCAUAUUUCUGACUUUCACUUUCAUAGCUUCUUUUUUGACACUCGUAUUUUCUAUCGACUACAAACCACAUCAACGAAACUUCCAAUUAUUUCUUAAGUACGAAUACAUUUUGUUUUUCACAUGGAAUCCGAUAGCGUUUUCUAUUUAUUUUGAUCAGGUGAUAUACAAAAAAUCAGAUUUCGGUUUAAAUAAUUCAACAUUCUUCUGCGUCUGGACUCGUUUUGUUACACAAUGCAUUUUUGCAACAUUAUAUGACGUUAUUGUGAGAUAUAUCGGUUACAGAUUUCUGUAUUUUUUUGUGUCUUUAACAACGACCCUCAUAUUGGCCUCGUUGAUAUUCGUAACACUCUUAUUUGCAAGAUGGGGUUUCAAGCCGCCCGUGUUCUUCAAUUUGCCUUGCACUACAUUAUUGUAUGGAGCGUACACAUGUGAAAUUCGGCUAAGGGAAAAAUUCGGGGUAGAAACCGAAGAACGAAGGGAUCCAAGAAAUUUUCCACCGAAUGUCCAAUUCAUGUGCAAAAGGUUUUGGGCUGUUACAAUUUUGGCGUCAUUUAUUGCGUUCUUUGGACAUAUGAAAAUGCUGGCAAGUGCCACUUACACUGUGCUGUCGAUUUUGAUAGUCGGUAGUACGCCUUCUACGUUUUACUUAUUUUAUUUAUAUACUUCUUUGACCACGACGAUAUUGCUUCCGAUUUAUUAUUACUGUUCUAAGCGUUAUAAGUGGUUUUAUAAUGAUUUUGGUCUGAUAGGCGUGGGGAAAAUAUUCAUGGUCAUAUCCUUAUUAUAUUUGAUGUUUAUACACGUGGUGAUGGAUUUUCAUGAGGCCGCACAACCUGAGUACGACUUCGCACAAAUCAGAAUCUUCAAUAUCCUCGAUUCGCCUACAGGUGUAAUUUCCAGUUUCUCGAAUCUCGUUAUCCAACCCAUCUCGUUCGCUAUUUUCACGAAAAUAAAAAUAAACAUCCAUGGAUUUGAAACAAUAAUGGAAAUAAUUAACCACAAACACGGAAUACACCAGACUUCUGCUGUCAUAUUGGUGGAUGGUAUGUCACUGUGUUAUUACGUGGGAAAUGAAGGUUUUGAGUUUGCCGGUAUCGAGCCGUUACGCCCGAGAUUCUAUAGUAUAUUAAUGGAAGGACUAGAAAUGAAUCCAAAAGCUUAUUUUGUCUCAUCGUAUAAAGACGCAGAACUGUCUGUGAGAUACAAAGACGGUCGUGUCAUCCAAAUACCUAGAAUAAAUUCAAGUAAGUUCAAUUAUGCAGAUAUUUUUGAAGGAACGUUCGACGUGUUGGUCACGGCCCAAGGGAAGACCACAGUGCAUUACAGUAACUUCGAAACCUAUAAAGACUGUGUUUACGCUAUUUUGUUGUUCGAACCGACAUCCGUCAGUGGUGUAAAAAUUUUCACCGUCAAGCACUCGAGGAUACUACCUGUACAAAGUUUGAUACCGUCUGCGGUGUUUUUCGGUAUGGGAGCUGGAAUAGUUAUAUUUCAUAGGACCAAAUGUUUUAUUACCGAGGCCCCGCCGCCCCUCAGAUCGGUUUUCAUAUCGGCAGUGACCUUUUUUGAAAAUAUGCCGAAUUUUUUAUACUUUUGGAAUGUUUAUUACAAAUUCAUUUUAGAUUUCAAACAGCUUCAAAUCAACAUAACAAUCGUUUUAAUAAUUUUAUUAUUGUACGGUUCCCUGGUCAUAAGGCAUCGAACUUAUACCUUCACAACCUACUCCUCCGAUGUCGAGCCCGAACAACUGCCAAAGGAAAAGACGUCGACUAAGGAAUUAAGGAAUGUAAUGAGGCAUGUUUCUGAAUCCUUAACAAAUCAGAAAAGAAUCGAGUAGUUUUAAAAAUUUAAUCAUGACAAACUUGAAUGAAAAUAAAACACUGAGAUUAAGUGUUCAUUCUGUUUCUGUUCGAAUGAUAACACUUAUAAUCAUAAGUAAAAUAAAACAUGUGUUUAGACAAUUUUUUAUAAAACUUCUCGACAAAUUUUAAAAAUUUCUUGCGUGUGUAGUAACAUAUCUCACACAAAGAUCCUAUGUUCAAUUAAAACUUGGCAAACAGGGAAAGAAGAUAAUAUUUGAGUAAACUCCGGUUUAAUAUUUAAAAACAAACAGAUAGCGAAAAUCCAAUGUAAUUAAAAGUAGAGUAGAGAGCAGAGUCUAUGAGAGACUUAUUGGAUCCGUUCUCCACAGAAGAUGGCGCAAUGCCGUAACGCGUUUCAGUAGUACAAUAAACUCGCGAAUGAUGAAGGGCCCUAAAAGUGACACAGUGCCUGUUCAAAAUAAUUAAACGGAGUUUUUACAAUGACUUACAUUA